GCGCGAACGCGGCGGACACAGAGCGACGGUUUCCGGUCUGUGGAGCUGCGUAGAUGAGAGCACACUGAGCUCUGUGCAGACUGCUGUCUGCCCCCUUUCCCCACCGCAACCCUGUCUGUCCCAGGUGCCACAAUGGCCUUCGUCCCUGCGCCCAGUCCCACGGUAGUCGACCAGACUACGCUCAUGAAGAAGUACCUGCAGUUUGUGGCGGCGCUCACAGACACCAACACACCUGAUGAAACUAAGCUGAAGAUGAUGCAGGAGGUCAGCGAGAACUUUGAGAAUGUGACAUCUUCGCCUCAGUACUCCACCUUCUUGGAACACAUCAUCCCCCGCUUCCUCACGUUUCUUCAGGAUGGAGAGGUGCAGUUCCUUCAAGAAAAACCUACGCAGCAAUUGAGGAAGCUGGUGCUGGAAAUCAUCCACCGCAUCCCAACAAAUGAACAUCUUCGUCCACACACAAAGAACAUCCUGUCUGUGAUGUUCCGCUUCCUAGAGAUUGAAAGUGAGGAAAAUGUGCUGAUAUGCCUUCGCAUCAUUAUUGAGCUGCACAAACAGUUCCGGCCUCCAAUCUCUCAGGAGAUUCAUCACUUUCUGGACUUUGUGAAGCAGAUUUACAAAGACCUUCCGAAAGUUGUUGCCAGGUACUUUGAGAACCCACAGGUGAUAGCAGAGAACACAGUUCCCUCCCCAGAAAUGGUCGGGAUGAUCACAUCGGUGUUGGUUAAGACUGCACCUGAGAGGGAAGACAGCGAAACACGAACACACACCAUCAUCCCACGAGGAUCCUUGUCUCUUAAGGUGCUUGCAGAGCUGCCUAUCAUAGUGGUGCUGAUGUAUCAGCUAUAUAAGCUGAACAUUCACAAUGUGGUGUCAGAGUUUGUACCCCUCAUCAUGAACACCAUCAUGCUCCAGGUGUCUCCGCAGGCCAGGCAACACAAGCUUUACAACAAGGAGUUGUAUGCAGACUUCAUUGCUGCGCAGAUCAAGACUCUGUCAUUUCUAGCCUACAUCAUUCGAAUUUACCAGGACCUGGUAGGAAAAUACUCUCAGCAGAUGGUAAAGGGCAUGCUGCAGCUGCUGUCCAACUGCCCCUCUGAGACUGCUCACCUCCGCAAGGAACUGCUCAUCGCAGCCAAGCAUAUCCUCACAACUGACCUACGUAGCCAGUUCAUACCUUGUAUGGACAAACUUUUUGAUGAAGCCAUCCUCAUCGGUUCUGGUUACACCGCCCGCGAGACUCUUAGACCCUUGGCCUACAGCACGCUAGCAGACCUGGUGCACCAUGUUCGUCAGAACUUGCCCCUGACAGAUUUAUCCUUAGCUGUACAGCUGUUUGCCAAGAACAUUGAUGACGAGUCGCUUCCCAGCAACAUCCAGACCAUGUCCUGCAAGCUGCUGCUCAACCUGGUAGACUGCAUCCGCUCAAAGUCCGAGCAGGAGAACGGCAAUGGACGGGACAUCCUGAUGAGGAUGCUGGAGGUGUUUGUGCUGAAAUUUCACACCAUCGCACGCUACCAGCUCGUCUCCAUCUUUAAGAAGUGCAAGCCCCAGUCAGAGAUGGGUGUGGUCGACCCAGGAGCGUUGCCUGGAGUACCAGCCACACCCACUCCAUCCACCACCCCUGCUAUUCCACUUCCUGCUCCUCCCACGCCUGUUGCCACGGCGCCUCCACCUCCUGCAACGCCCUUUGACCGACCUGGUGAGAAGGAAGACAAGCAGACUUUUCAGGUGUCGGACUGCAGAAGCUUAGUCAAGACUCUGGUGUGUGGAGUUAAGACGAUUACUUGGGGCAUCACCUCUUGCAAGGCCCCUGGAGAGGCUCAGUUUAUUCCUAAUAAGCAGCUUCAGCCAAAGGAGACACAAAUCUACAUUAAGCUGGUAAAAUACGCCAUGCAGGCCUUGGACAUCUACCAGGUACAGGUUGCCAAUAACCAGCAGACAUACAUCAGGGUGGCCAACUGUCAGACUGUACGCAUGAAGGAGGAGAAAGAGGUUCUGGAGCACUUUGCCGGGGUCUUCACCAUGAUGAACCCUCUCACGUUCAAGGAGAUCUUUCAGACAACUGUGCCGUACAUGGUGGAGAGAAUCUCCAAGAACUAUGCAUUGCAGAUUGUGGCAAAUUCUUUCCUGGCCAACCUGUCAACGUCUGCUCUAUUUGCCACCAUCCUAGUGGAGUAUCUUCUUGAGAGACUACCAGAAAUGGGAUCCAAUGUUGAACUCUCAAACCUUUACCUCAAGCUCUUCAAACUAGUCUUUGGCUCAGUCUCACUUUUUGCUGCUGAGAAUGAGCAAAUGCUCAAGCCACACCUCCACAAGAUAGUGAACAGCUCCAUGGAGCUGGCCCAAUCUGCUAAAGAACCCUACAACUACUUUCUGCUUCUCCGGGCUCUCUUCCGCUCCAUUGGUGGAGGCAGCCAUGACCUGCUCUACCAGGAGUUCCUACCCCUUCUACCUAACCUGCUGCAAGGUCUGAACAUGCUGCAGAGUGGCCUUCACAAGCAGCACAUGAAGGAUCUAUUUGUUGAGUUGUGUUUGACAGUGCCAGUGCGUCUGAGCUCCCUGCUUCCCUACUUACCCAUGCUAAUGGAUCCGCUGGUGUCUGCCCUCAAUGGCUCUCAGACUCUGGUCAGCCAGGGUCUUCGCACCCUUGAGCUGUGUGUGGACAACCUACAGCCUGACUUCCUCUACGACCACAUUCAGCCUGUCAGGGCAGAGCUCAUGCAGGCCUUGUGGCGUACCCUCCGUAACCCAGCUGAGAGCAUCUCUCAUGUAGCCUACCGGGUGUUGGGAAAGUUUGGUGGCAGCAACAGAAAGAUGCUGAAGGAGUCUCAGAGGCUGCAUUACGUGGUGACUGAGGUUCAGGGACCAAGCAUCAAAACCGAAUUCACGGACUGCAAGGCAUCCAUACAGCUACCCAUGGAGAAGGCGAUAGAGACAGCUCUAGACUGUCUGAAGAGUGCCAACACAGAGCCCUACUACAGACGACAGGCAUGGGAGGUCAUUAAGUGUUUCCUGGUAGCCAUGACCAGUCUGGAUGAUAACAAGCACGCUCUUUACCAACUUCUGUCUCAUCCCAACUUCACUGAGAAGUGGAUCCCCAACGUCAUCAUCUCUCACCGCUACAAAGCACAAGACACACCUGCCCGCAGAACUUUUGAACAGGCCCUGACUGGGGCAUUCAUGUCUGCUGUGAUAAAGGACCUGAGGCCCAGCGCGCUGCCCUUCGUAGCCAGCCUAAUUCGCCAUUAUACCAUGGUCGCUGUGGCUCAGCAGUGUGGUCCGUUUCUGCUGCCAUCCUACCAGCUGGGCAGCCAGCCAAGCACAGCCAUGUUCCACAGUGAGGAGAAUGGCUCAAAGGGCAUGGAUCCACUCGUUCUGAUUGAUGCCAUAGCUAUCUGCAUGGCCUACGAGGAGAAGGAGCUGUGUAAGAUUGGAGAAGUGGCCCUUGCCGUCAUCUUCGAUGUGGCGAGCAUCAUCCUUGGCUCCAAGGAGAGGGCAUGCCAGCUGCCCUUGUUCUCCUACAUUGUGGAGCGUCUGUGUGCCUGCUGCUAUGAGCAGGCCUGGUAUGCCAAGCUUGGCGGUGUGGUGUCCAUCAAGUUCUUAAUGGAGAGGCUCCCUCUGAUCUGGGUGCUACAGAACCAGCUCACCUUUCUCAAGGCCCUGCUCUUUGUCAUGAUGGACCUCACAGGAGAGGUGUCAAAUGGAGCAGUAGCCAUGGCUAAGACCACCCUGGAGCAGUUGCUUGUGCGCUGUGCAACUCCACUAAAAGAUGAAGAAAAGACUGAGGAGCUGCUGGCUGCCCAGGACAAGUCUUUCCACACGGUCACGCAUGACCUGGUCCGUGAGGUCACCUCCCCCAACUCAACCGUCAGAAAGCAGGCCAUGCACUCCCUGCAGGUGCUAGCUCACGUCACCGGCAAGAGUGUUACCGUCAUCAUGGAACCACACAAAGAGGUGUUGCAAGAUAUGGUUCCUCCAAAGAAACACCUGCUCCGCCACCAGCCUGCCAACGCCCAGAUCGGCCUGAUGGAGGGCAACACCUUCUGCACCACCCUGCAGCCACGCCUCUUCACAAUGGACCUCAAUGUCAUGGAGCACAAGGUCUUCUACACAGAGCUGUUGAACCUGUGUGAGGCAGAGGAUGCUGCUCUGAUGAAGCUUCCCUGUUACAAGAGCCUCCCCUCCCUGGUUCCCCUGCGCAUCGCUGCUCUCAAUGCCCUGGCAGCCUGUAAUUACUUGCCACAGUCCAGAGAGAAGAUCAUUGCUGCCCUGUUUAAAGCCCUCAACUCCACCAACAAUGAACUGCAGGAAGCGGGCGAGGCGUGUAUGAGGAAGUUCCUGGAAGGUGCAACUAUUGAGGUGGACCAAAUCCACACUCACAUGCGCCCCCUACUGAUGAUGCUGGGUGACUACCGCAGCCUGACGCUCAACGUGGUGAACCGCCUUACCUCUGUCACUCGUCUUUUCCCCAACUCCUUCAAUGACAAGUUCUGUGAUCAGAUGAUGCAACACCUGAGGAAGUGGAUGGAGGUGGUUGUAAUAACACACAAGGGAGGCCAGCGCAGUGAUGGCAGUGAAAUGAAGAUCUGUUCUGCCAUCAUUAACCUUUUCCACCUGAUCCCAGCCGCACCUCAGACUCUGGUCAAACCUCUACUGGAGGUGGUCAUGAAGACAGAGAGGGCUAUGCUCAUAGAGGCCGGCAGUCCAUUCAGGGAGCCUUUGAUCAAGUUCCUGACGCGUCACCCAUCUCAGACAGUGGAGCUGUUCAUGAUGGAGGCUACGCUGAACGACCCCCAGUGGAGCCGCAUGUUCAUGAGUUUUCUGAAACACAAAGAUGCCAAGCCACUAAGAGACGUGCUGGCCUCUAAUCCCAACCGCUUCGUCCCUCUACUGGUUCCCGCUGGCACUGCAGCGACUGUUCGACCUGGAUCUCCCUCCACCACCACAGCCAGACUGGACCUACAGUUUCAGGCUAUCAAGAUUAUCAGCAUCAUAGUGAAGAAUGAUGAGGGUUGGCUGGCAGGGCAGCACUCCCUGGUCAGCCAGCUGAGGCGAGUCUGGGUCAGUGAGGCCUUCCAAGAGAGACAUCGCAAAGACAACAUGGCUGCCACCAACUGGAAGGAGCCCAAGCUGCUGGCUUACUGCCUUCUUAGUUACUGCAAGUGUAACUACUCAGAAAUUGAGUUGCUGUUCCAGCUGCUGCGGGCCCUUUACAGGUCCGGUUCCUUAUGCAAUAUGACCUUCUAAAGGUAUUAUAUGAGGAGGAGAAUUCUAAGGAAAAAGUACUCCAUCGCCCAGAAACGGGCCCUGUUGUUGUUCUUUCGCUUUGUUGAGUUCAAAUGAACCCACACUUCAAACGAUGAGCUUAAAGCUAAGGUGCUGCAGCACAUCCUGAAUCCAGCCUUCCUUUACAGCUUUGAGAAAGGGGAAGGUGAGCAGCUGCUUGGACCGCCCAACCCUGAAGGAGACAAUCCUGAAAGCAUUACCAGUGUCUUCAUCACUAAGGUUCUGGACCCAGAGAAGCAGGCUGACCUACUUGACUCACUGCGAAUCUGCCUGCUGCAGUUCUCCACCCUGCUGGUGGAGCAUGCACCCCACCACAUUCAUGACAACAACAAGUCACGCAACAGCAAGCUGCGGCGCCUCAUGACCUUCGCCUGGCCAUGCCUACUGCCCAAAGCUUGCGUGGACCCGGCCUGUAAAUACAGUGGUCACUUACUUCUGGCCCACAUCAUUGCAAAGUUCGCCAUUCACAAGAAGAUUGUCCUACAGGUCUUCCACAGCCUACUGAAGGCCCACACCAUGGAGGCCCGGGCCAUUGUACGGCAGGCCAUGGCCAUCUUGACCCCAGCUGUGCCUGCCCGCAUGGAGGAUGGCCACCAGAUGUUGACCCAUUGGACUCGAAAAAUCAUUGUGGAGGAGGGACACACUGUACCCCAGCUGGUUCACAUUCUGCAUCUCAUCGUGCAGCACUUCAGGGUGUACUACCCUGUGCGCCACCACCUGGUGCAGCACAUGAUCAGUGCAAUGCAGCGUCUGGGCUUCACCCCAAGUGUGACCAUAGAGCAAAGGAAACUGGCUGUGGACCUGGCCGAGGUGGUCAUCAAAUGGGAGUUACAGAGGAUCAAAGACCAGCAGCCGGAGUCCGAGGCUGAAAUAGGGGCUGGUGGUGAAGGGACUAGCGGGGCUGCUGUGAAAAGAGGACUGUCUCUGGAAGCUGCAACUACUGCUGCUGGACAAGAUGUCAAGAGAUUCCGCACGACAACCGGAGCUGCCUCCGCGGUGUUUGGCCGUAGCCAGUCCAUGCCAGCCACAGAGACCAUGCUCACCAAGCCUGUUGAGAAACAACAUACGGACACAGUAGUCAACUUCCUCAUCAGGAUCGCAUGCCAGGUGAACGACAGCACCAAUGUGGCUGGGUCUCCGGGGGAGCUGCUGUCCCGUCGCUGUGUUAGCCUGAUGAAGUCUGCCCUCAGGCCUGACAUGUGGCCUCGUGCCGAGCUCAAGCUACAGUGGUUUGACAAGCUGCUGAUGACAGUGGAGCAGCCAGCACAGGCUAAUAUCUCCAACAUUUGUACUGGACUGGAGAUUCUCUGCUUCCUACUGACAGUGUUGCAGUCCCCAGCCAUCCUUGCCCAUUUUAAACCCCUCCAGCGGGGCAUCGCAGCAUGCAUGACCUGCGGUAACACCAAAGUCCUGCGGGCUGUCCACUCCCUCUUAUCUCGACUCAUGAGCAUCUUCCCUACUGAGCCUAGCACAUCAACAGUGGCAUCUAAGUAUGAGGAAUUGGAGUGUCUGUAUGCUGCUGUGGGCAAGGUCAUCUAUGAGGGACUUACCAACUAUGAAAAAGCCACAAGCAACACUAACCCCACACAGCUCUUUGGAACACUGAUGAUCCUGAAGUCAGCAUGCAGUUACAAUGCCAGCUACAUCGACCGCCUCAUCUCGGUGUUCAUGCGCUCACUGCAGAAGAUGGUGCGGGAACACCUGAGCCCCCAGCAGGCCAACCCAGGGGUCACCGAAACCAGCACGGUGACCAGUGAGCUGGUGAUGCUGAGUCUUGACCUUGUGAAGACUCGACUGUCAGUCAUGAGCAUGGAAAUGAGGAAGAACUUCAUCCAGGUCAUCCUCACUUCUCUGAUUGAGAAGUCGCCAGACCCCAAAAUCCUCCGUGCGGUCGUGAAAAUUGUUGAGGAGUGGGUGAAAAACAAUUCUCCCAUGGCUGCCAAUCAGAUGCCCAACCUGCGUGAGAAGUCCAUCUUACUAGUGAAGAUGAUGACCUACAUAGAGAAGCGCUUUCCAGAUGAACUUGAGUUAAACGCCCAGUUCUUGGACCUCGUUAAUUACGUCUACAGGGAUGAGAGCCUUUCAGGAAGUGACAUCACAUCCAAGUUGGAGCCAGCCUUCCUCUCUGGUCUUCGCUGCACUCAGCCACUGAUCAGAGCCAAGUUCUUUGAGGUGUUUGAUGCCUCAAUGAAGCGCCGUGUCUAUGAGAGGCUUCUCUACAUAUGCUGUUCUCAGAACUGGGAGGCCAUGGGCAGCCACUUCUGGAUCAAACAGUGUAUAGAGCUGCUGCUGGCAGUGUGCGAACGAAACACCAUCAUCGGCACCAGCUGCCAGGGGUCCAUGCUGCCGUCUAUCACUAACGUCAUCAACCUAGCUGACAGCCAUGACCGCGCAGCCUUUGCCAUGGCAACUCAUGUCAAGCAGGAGCCACGAGAAAGAGAGAACAGUGAGACCAAGGAGGAGGAUGUGGAGAUAGACAUAGAGUUGGCACCAGGUGACCAGACAGCCAUCCCAAAGAGUAAGGAGCAGGCUGAGAGAGAUGCAGGAAACCAACUGCACAUGCUUACGAACCGCCAUGACAAGUUUCUUGACUCACUACGGGAGGUUAAGACGGGGGCACUUCUGAAUGCUCUGGUCCAGCUUUGUCACAUCUCCACACCGCUGGCUGAGAGGACCUGGGUUCAGCUCUUCCCUCGCCUGUGGAAGAUCCUCUCUGACAGGCAGCAGCAUGCUUUGUCAGGAGAAAUGAGUCCUUUCCUGUGCAGUGGCAGCCACCAGGCCCAGAGGGACUGCCAGCCCAGUGCCCUAAACUGCUUUGUGGAGGCCAUGUCGCAGUGUGUGCCUCCUAUUCCCAUCCGCCCCUGUGUGCUGAAGUACUUGGGAAAGACACACAACCUCUGGCUACGCUCCACUCUAAUGCUGGAGCAGCAGGCCUUUGAAAAGGGCCUCAGCCUGCACAGCAAACCCAAACAGAGCACUGAGUUCUACGAGCAAGAGAGCAUUACACCACCUCAACAGGUAAUCUGUUCUAAGGAAUUGAACCAGUGGGAACCAUUGACAGAAUACGGCCAGUCCAAAGGCCACUCGAACCCAUAUCUCAUGCUCGAGUGUGCUUGGAGGGUUUCCAAUUGGGCUGCAAUGAAGGAGGCUCUGGUACAGGUGGAGCUGAGCUGUCCUAAGGAGAUGGCGUGGAAGGUGAACAUGCACCGUGGCUACCUGGCCAUCUGCCACCCAGAGGAGCAGCAGUUGAACUUCAUAGAGCGGCUGGUGGAGAUGGCCUCGAGCCUGGCAAUCCGUGAGUGGAGAAGGUUGCCGCACAUAGUUUCCCAUGUGCACACGCCACUGCUGCAGGCGGCACAGCAGAUCAUUGAGCUGCAAGAAGCGGCACAAAUUAAUGCAGGGCUUCAGCCAGCUAACCUGGGCCGGAACACCAGCCUCCAUGACAUGAAGACUGUGGUGAAAACCUGGAGGAACCGACUGCCCAUUGUUUCUGAUGACCUGUCCCACUGGAGCAGUAUCUUCAUGUGGCGCCAGCACCACUACCAAGCUAUAGUGACUGCGUACGAGACAAACACACAGCACGAUCCAACCAACAACAAUGCCAUGUUGGGAGUUCAUGCCUCGGCUUCUGCUAUCAUUCAGUAUGGCAAGAUAGGACGCAAACAGGGUUUGGUGAAUGUGGCUCUGGACAUCUUGAGUCGUAUCCAUACCAUCCCCACAGUGCCCAUUGUUGACUGCUUCCAGAAGAUCAGACAGCAGGUCAAAUGUUAUUUGCAGCUGGCUGGUGUCAUGGGCAAGAAUGAGUGUAUGCAGGGUUUGGAGGUGAUAGAGUCGACCAACCUGAAGUACUUCACCAAGGAGAUGACGGCUGAGUUCUACGCUCUAAAGGGCAUGUUCCUGGCUCAAAUCAACAAGUCAGAAGAGGCCAAUAAGGCCUUUUCAGCAGCAGUACAGAUGCACGAUGUUCUGGUGAAGGCCUGGGCCAUGUGGGGCGACUACCUGGAGAACAUCUUCGUCAAAGACCGCCAGCUCCACUUGGGAGUCUCUGCUAUUACCUGCUACCUCCACGCCUGCCGCCACCAAAACGAGAGCAAGUCCCGCAAAUACCUAGCAAAGGUGUUGUGGCUGCUCAGCUUUGAUGACAAGAACACCCUGGCAGACGCUGUGGACAAGUACUGCAUUGGAGUCCCGCCCAUACAGUGGUUGGCAUGGAUACCACAGCUCCUGACCUGCCUGGUUGGUUCAGAAGGCAAACCUCUGCUCAACCUAAUCAGCCAGGUGGGACGAGUGUACCCCCAGGCUGUCUACUUCCCUAUCCGCACCCUUUACCUGACACUCAAGAUCGAGCAGAGGGAGCGCUACAAAAGUGAUGCAUCUGGACAACAGCAGCCCAGUUCAGUGGGGGCCCAGCCUCACUCAGGGGCUUCGGACCCAGGGCCUAUCCGGGCCACGGCACCAAUGUGGCGCUGUAGCCGCAUCAUGCACAUGCAGCGGGAGUUACACCCCACCCUGCUCUCCUCCCUCGAGGGCAUCGUGGACCAGAUGGUGUGGUUCAGGGAGAACUGGCAUGAAGAGGUCUUGAGGCAGCUCCAACAAGGCCUGGCUAAAUGCUACUCGGUGGCCUUUGAGAAGAGUGGUGCAGUGUCUGACGCCAAGAUCACACCGCACACGCUGAACUUUGUCAAGAAGCUGGUUAGCACCUUUGGUGUUGGCUUGGAGAACGUCUCCAAUGUUUCCACUAUGUUCUUCAGCGCUGCCUCUGAGUCGCUAGCCCGUCGGGCCCAAGCCACAGCCCAGGACCCUGUUUUCCAGAAGAUGAAGGGACAGUUCACAACAGACUUUGACUUCAGCGUACCAGGCUCCAUGAAGCUUCACAACUUGAUCUCCAAGCUGAAGAAGUGGAUCAAGAUCCUGGAGGCCAAGACCAAGCAGCUGCCCAAGUUUUUCCUCAUUGAGGAGAAGUGUCGAUUCCUCAGCAACUUCUCUGCACAGACGGCAGAAGUAGAGAUCCCCGGGGAGUUCCUCAUGCCCAAACCGACGCAUUAUUACAUCAAGAUCGCAAGGUUCAUGCCCAGAGUGGAAAUAGUUCAGAAACACAACACAGCAGCACGUCGUCUCUAUAUUCGCGGCCACAAUGGCAAGAUCUACCCUUACCUGGUGAUGAACGACGCUUGUCUGACCGAGUCACGCCGAGAGGAGAGGGUCCUGCAGCUUCUGCGCCUCCUCAACCCCUGUCUGGAGAAGAGGAAGGAGACCACCAAGAGACACCUCUUCUUCACUGUACCCCGAGUGGUGGCAGUGUCGCCUCAGAUGCGGCUGGUAGAGGACAACCCUUCAUCUCUGUCACUGGUGGAAAUCUACAAACAACGCUGUGCCAAAAAGGGCAUCGAACAUGACAACCCCAUUUCCAGAUAUUAUGACCGUCUGGCCACUGUGCAGGCCAGAGGCACACAAGCCAGCCACCAGGUCCUGCGGGACAUCCUGAAGGAGGUGCAGGGGAACAUGGUCCCUCGCAGCAUGCUGAAGGAGUGGGCUCUCCACACCUUCCCCAAUGCCACCGAUUACUGGACCUUCCGUAAGAUGUUCACCAUCCAGCUGGCCCUCAUAGGUCUGGCCGAGUUCAUGCUCCAUCUCAACAGGCUGAACCCCGAGAUGCUGCAGAUAGCACAGGACACAGGAAAGCUGAAUGUCUCAUACUUCCGCUUCGACAUCAACGACGCCACAGGCGACCUGGAUGCUAAUCGCCCCGUUCCGUUCCGCCUGACGCCAAACAUCUCUGAGUUCCUGACCACCAUCGGUGUCUCUGGCCCACUCACUGCCUCCAUGAUUGCUGUGGCACGAUGCUUCGCACAGCCAAACUUUAAGGUUGAUGGCAUCCUGAAGGCAGUGCUUCGCGAUGAGAUCAUUGCCUGGCACAAGAAGACCCAAGAGGACACGUCCAUGCCUCUGUCCCCAGCCGGCCAACCGGAAAACAUGGACUCCCAGCAGCUGGUCUCAUUGGUCCAGAAGGCCGUCACCGCCAUCAUGACCCGCCUCCAUAACCUGGCUCAGUUCGAGGGAGGAGAGAGUAAGGUCAACACCCUGGUGGCUGCAGCAAACAGCCUGGACAAUCUGUGUCGCAUGGACCCUGCCUGGCACCCCUGGCUCUGAGAAACCAGAUGUGACACAGCAGAGGAGGAGGAAGUGAGAUACAGGGCAAGAAAAUGCGUUUUUGUUUACUUUUGUUACGUGUCUGACAAGCACGGACAAGGGUUGUUAAAUGUAUAUUUCUCUUCACUGCAACAGAAGCCCGGUGGACUCCUUUUCCUCUUGAUCAAAGUACACUGAACCAGUGAGCUAAGUGGAAUCAAAUCGAAACAAAGGUCCUGACUGUCACAGUUUGAGAAGGGCUUGCCAGUAUUCUUAAUAGUUAUAACUGGACUGAUAGAAUCUUUUUAUGAAAACAGUUUCUCCUUCUACUUAUAUUUAUUUUUAUAACUGAAUGACAGGGACUGUAUGUGUGAUGCCAGUUGCCGUGUCUUCAAUAUGACAAGGAGAAAUAUUUGUGUAGGUGUCAUUAUGAGCCCCUCACUCAAGCUAAUGGGAGUUUUUUUAUUUAAGAGGUGGGGAAAUCUGUUGUUUGCUUUAGCUGUGUCUGUGUUAUAUUUCGCCUGCAUCAAGAGCUUACAAUUUUUCCACUAUGAUUUUCCCCCAUAAAAUAGCCAUUAGUCCUCUCAGAUGUGUAUUGGUAUUUAAACUGAUAAACGUGUAGAUUCCUUUCUAUCCCUGCCGAAUGAGGAAUGUUAUGAUCCUGUGAAUAACAGAGGAUGCUCUUUCAUUUUUUUUUUACCCACUGCCUGAACUGUAUUAACAUGUCUGACUGUUUCAAAAGCCAUUUUACUUUACAAUUGUUUUAUCUUUCCAUCAGUCCUGUUGUAAUGUAACAAAAGUCAACUACUGGGCGAAAACACAGUGUCAUAAGCUAAAACAGCUUUAAUGCAAAUAUGUCAUUCCAAGCUGGCUGUGUAUGAAUAGUCCUCUUCUCUUUUUGUAAAGGUACAAUGCCUUUUCCACCAGAUGUAUUAUCUCUUGCUUUGUAAAUAAGCAUUUUGUUUUAAUA